GAGGUUUUUUAGCCACCCAAUGUAUACUUCAUUCAUCUCUGGACAAGAGAAACAACUGGAAACCUACUACUGCUCUGAGCUUCAAGGAACUCAGCUCCUACGACACUGAGAAUCUCAACUCCUUGGCAUCUUCAUAGACUCUUCUGUCAAAGCACAGGCUGCUGAGGACUUGAGAGUCACCGGAGCUGAGGGCUCCUGCUCUGGAGGAGGCUGCACAACGUGAAAUUCCCUCUCUUGAGCAAAAAGAACUUCAAGCAACUAGAUUCCAGCACAAGGUAGGGUGAGCCAGGUUCACACCAGCGUCCUGCAGACUCAUUGUAUUUCUCUUUCUGUCCUCACCCCAAGAGCAGGUCCUGUCUAUUCUGGGAUGAAUAAGAGUUGAUGGUUCAACAACCCACCGUUUCCUGUGAAUCCUGGAUAAAUUCUGUCUCUUCUAGAAUCUUUGGAUCCUUGGCAUCUCCACAGCCUCUUCUCCCAAAGCACAGACUUCUGGGGACCUGGAUGCUGCAGGAGUUUGAAAGCAGAAAGUGUCAAAAAGCAGUUGAGAAGUUAUUGAAAGAAACAAUGCCUGUGAACAGCCCAAUGUCGGUGAAAGAUGUGAAUCCACAGACACUCACAGAGUCCUCUGGUCAACUCUCAGGAAAUGUUCUCCAGAGAAGACUGCCUGCCACAUCAGGAUGUUUGAAAAACUCAAGGAAAGGAUUUCAUCUGGGAAAGAGAGCAAGUGCUCCAAAAAUGAGCAUCAGCGUUGACCAGGAGACGGACUAUGCUGAACUGGUUCUGUAUGUAGGAGAAAUCACACAGGGAGAGGAGAUUAGGAAGACAAUGAAAAAUAAACAACUGAAAGCAAGAGAGGCCCACAAUAUCUCACAGGCUGUGUGCACUCUGCUGAAUUCUGGAGGGGGCGUGGUCAAGGCUCGCAUUAAGAAUUCAAAUUACAGCCUCAUCAGAGAUGGAGUAGGACUGGAUUUGGAAAAUUCUUUUAGUGAAAUUGUUCUAUUUCCUCAUAAAUACCGAGACUACAUGCAGAACAAAGGGUACUUUUUAAUUUUUGUGAAACCGUGGGUUCCAGAUAUCUCUGGUCAGCGUGUCCUUACCUUGAAAACCAAUUUCUAUGUGAGAAAUUUUUCAACUUCAGAUGAACUGAAAGGUCCUGAUGCAGUGCGGUUCCUCAAAGACAAGAAGGACUCUGAAGGGAGAUCACGUUCAAGACAGAGCUUGCCUGGAUCAUGUGACUCUGAUGAGUUACAGCAUGAAUGCCUUGCCAUGUUUUUUAACAGAGCAAAGUUAACCUACAAGGAGACAUUCUGUUUCACUAAAUCCAAACAUGCAGAAGUUAAAAUGUCCCCUAAAGAAAAAAUUCUGGAGAUUGUUCCUAAAACUGUUUCUGCAUUUGCAAACACUGAUGGGGGAUAUUUGUUCAUUGGUUUAGAUUUGAAAAAAGAACAAAUAAUUGGUUUUGAAGCAGAGAAAGCAGAUCUUGAGGAUCUAGAGAGUGAAAUAGAGGCGUGCAUACGAGAGCUGCCUGUGGGUCACUUCUGUGAGGAGAAGCAGGAGAAGAUAAGGUACACAUGCAAAUUCAUCCCAGUCCUCAGACAGGAAGCUGUGUGCAAAUAUGUGUGUGCACUCAGAGUGGAGAGAUUCUGCUGUGCUGUGUUCGCUGAAGAGCCUGAGUCCUGGCACGUGGAAGACAGCUGUGUGGAGAGAUUUACCUCAGAGGAAUGGGUCAAGCUCCAGAUGGAAGACACACCAGGUUUCUUCAAGCAAAAAUACCAACAGACCCUUCAAUCAAGCAGCCCACCACCAUGUCUCUGUAGCUGCUUUGCUACUGACAUUCCAGAAGCCCAGCAACAGAGUGCCCACCUUCCAGUGCUGGCUAGAAAGGUGCCAUGCUCUUCAGAAGGCCUCCGCAUGGAGCUGUGCUCAGAACAUAAACGAUAUGAGCAGUUACUUCAGACAGAGCUGGCCUCACUUCGUCAAGGGACGCUGAUCAUCUCUAAGAGCUUGGCUUUAAGUCUGGGCUUACAGAAGAAGCAGGAAGUCAUCUUGGAUGUGCUUCAUAUUUCCAAGGACAGUUUCCUGACCCUGCACAGUUUUGUCCAGGGAGAGGAGGAGCUGGAAGGCAACAGCUCUGUUCUGAGGGACCUGGGCACUAAGUUAAAAAACGAUUGUAAACAAACUGCAUUAACUUUAAAGCAGAAGCUGGUAAAUCUUGGCGGUUACACUGGGAAAAUAGGUGUUGCGAUAAAGAUAACGUACUUGGGUCAUAGGGCAGUGUCUCUAUAUGAUUCAAGCUCGAUAAUAAGUUACCCCAAAGAGUAUUAUCUGACAACCAAGACAGUAAGGGACUUAGAGAAGGCUCUUGCUGAAGUCUUAGGGACAGUGUACCAAGGUUAAACUGUAGUGAUCAGUUUGCCUCUGAAAUUUUAAACAUAGAAUUAGAUACUUUACUUUUCGAAGAUUGUCCUAACUCAUGUUUGAGACUGCCUGUCAUAGGAAAUGGACUUUGGUGCCAUGAUAGUUCACGUUUUGUAGGUGAUAAUAUUCUCUCAUUCUGUUAAAAAAUGGAAAAUAUGUCUUUAGAUAACUUAACAAAAAUAGAAAUGAAAUUCUUGAAAGGGAUUGGCCGUUGAAGAAGACAAUGGCAAAACAGUGCUUUAAAAAUGUGUCCCUAAGCCGGGGAUGUGACUUUUCAUUCCAGUUCUUCGAAUAAGGCUGGUCAUCUUAGUCUACAAGGAGAGUUCCAGGACUGCCAGGGGUGUGAAGAAAGACCAUGCCUCAAAAGAAAUAUACGGGAAAAUAAUUAAAAGGCCAAAAAUUGGCCCAAUCUGCAUAGCCAUCCUUCUCGCUGAGGAAAUGCGUGGGGACUCUAAUCAUGGAAGACGUUCUCCCUAGAGAAGUUAGUGAAGGCAAUGGUGAAGAAGGCAGUGUAAGGCAACAUUUGGUCACAGUGUUGCUGCUCAGCUGUGUGUGCCAUUGCUGUUAAAUCUGUGAUUGUAUGUGACAACCCAGGAAGGACUUUCCACAUGUCCCAAAUCACAGAGGCAAGGCACAGGGUUUGCAGAAAGUAAAUGGACAUUGCUCACAGCAACAAAUAGUAACUAAGAAAUACAAUGUACAUUGCGUCUUAAGAAAACAGUGUAUCUGUUGAUGUAAGGCUUCUAAAGGCCAACAAGUGAAGAAUUAGGACAUGCUAGUACUCUCUACGGGACUAUAGCAUGUGCUUCAGUUUCUCUUUAAAACAUUGUUCCCUUUUGAAGUCUUGAUGAUACGGUUUUAAGAAACUGAUAUUGUUCUUUUACGGUUCGAAGUAUAUAUGUUUUAUAUUUGAAUUAUAGUAUUGUCUGUGCUGUACACUAACACCUAUGAAGGUGUUGACAGCAUUGACUUUAUAUGCGAGUACUGUGCAUUUGAAAUGUUGGUGUUUCCUUCAUAAAGGAAGUAAUGUCCUCGUUGUACAUCUUCAUUUGUGAAGGAUACAAUUUCUCAACAUUUGGCCCCUCGGGGUAAUUAUAUAUGCAGUGGUACCUGUUGUGACUUUUGAUGGUGCUCAUCAAAAGGCAGGUUGACCAUGAUGAGACUUUGUAUGACAGGGCUAUGGGCUGGGUGCUCAGAGAUGCCAGUCAUUCUAAGCCAUGUUUUCUGUUUUCAUGCAUGUACUUCUUAAUCAAUGCAAUUUAUUUUUUAAAUCUAGCUUAUUUGUAAUCCAAUAUUUUCUUAUAUCUGUGUCUUUCUAAAUACAAUUCUGCAUGCAUCUCUCUUUGAUGAAUCUUCAUUGUUAUAUCUGGGAAGUUAUUACUUAUCAAAAUUUGGAUGCCAUCAAAAUGU